GGGUUCCGGGGGUGACGUCAGGCCCCCUCCUUGAUUAAAGGCUCCGGGGUUCCCCGGCGGCGCGGCUAUAGUGUGUGAAAGUUCUAGGGCUGCUCGGCACGUGCGAGGGGCAGGAGGCGGAUCGGCCGGCGGCCCCCAUGGAGCUCGCCCGCUAUGCGCAGCAUCGCCCCUUCCACUGCAGCCUCAUGGGCUCGGACCCCUACAAGCCUUUCCCCGCUGCCGGGGCCGCCCAGCCCAAGCCGAGCCCAGCCCGAGCCGAGCCCCAGCAGCCGGCGCCGCCGCAGCCCCGAGCGGCCGAGCCCACCCGGAUGAUCGCCGACCCGAUCAAGGGCAGGCUUUACUGCAAGGGACGUCUGCUGGGCAAGGGAGGAUUUGCAAGAUGCUAUGAAAUGACAGACAUCAACAGCAACAAAACCUAUGCCGUGAAAGUUAUUCCUCACAGCCGAGUGGCUAAACCACACCAACGGGAGAAGAUUAUGAAUGAGAUCGAGCUGCACAGAGACCUGCAUCACAAGCACAUUGUCAAGUUCUCGCAUCACUUUGAUGAUUCGGAGAACAUCUAUAUCUUCCUGGAACACUGCAGCAGGAAAUCCCUGGCACACAUCUGGAAAGCCCGGCACACGCUGCUGGAGCCGGAGGUGCGGUAUUACCUCAAACAGAUCAUAUCGGCCUUGAAGUACCUCCAUCUCAAAGGCAUCCUUCACCGGGACCUCAAACUGGGCAACUUUUUUGUCAAUGACAACAUGGAGCUGAAAGUUGGAGACUUCGGCCUCGCCGCCCGGCGCGAGUCUAUGGACCAGAAGAAAAAGACGAUAUGCGGCACCCCCAACUACCUCGCUCCUGAAGUGCUCCACCGGCAGGGCCACGGGCCGGAGUCCGACGUGUGGUCUCUGGGCUGUGUCGUGUAUACCUUGUUGUGCGGGAACCCUCCCUUUGAGACCUCGGACCUCAAGGAGACAUACAGGUGUAUCAAGCAGGUGGAAUACACCCUCCCAGCUGUCCUCUCCACGGCAGCAAAGCAACUGAUCAUGGGCAUCUUGAAACGCAACCCGCGUGACCGCCUCACGCUGGAGGAGAUCCUGGACCAUGAAUUCUUCACCAAAGGUUACACACCUGAUAAGCUCCCCCCCAGCAGCUGUGUGAUGAUGCCAGAGCUGAGUCCCCCCAACCCGGCAAAGAGUCUGUUUGCAAAAGUCACCAAGACGCUGUUUCGGAAAAAGAAACCCAAAAUUAAGAAGGGCCCCUCUGAAGAGAAGGAGGACAUCUCCAAGUUGGUUGUUGGCCUCAUGAAGACCUCCAUCUGCAGGCAGAUGAGCUACAAAACCGUGGAAGGGAAUGAGGUGAUCCCCUUGACAUGUCAGAGCGCCAACUGCAGCCCCGUGGAGACACUGGCAGAAGAGGGUUCGCGGAAGUCCGUCUCCAAGCCCAUUAGGGGGACAGCAGCCAGCAGCUGUGAAGUGUUUGAAGAGUGCAUCACGGCCUCUGUGGUCACUGAAUCUGCCAUCGGACUCCUGAAGAGCUGCCUGUCCUCCAUGCCUCCAGCCAAGCGGAACCCUGCCUCUCUGGCUUGCCACGAGCACUUUGCCUGGGUGAGCAAGUGGGUGGACUACUCCAACAAAUACGGCUUUGGCUACCAGCUGUCCAACCACCGCAUCGGGGUCCUUUUCAACGAUGGGACGCACAUGGCUCUGUCGGCUGAUCGGAAGAUGGUACAUUACAACCUGACAAACAGCAAACACUUCGCCUUUCCCAUGUCGGCCAUCCCAGAGCAGCUGCAGAGCCAGACGAGCGUCCUGCGGUACUUUGCCUCCUACAUGGAGCAGCAUCUUAUGAAGGGGGGAGACCUGCCCAGCAUAGAUGAGAUUGAGCAUCCUGCACUGCUGCUCUUGCAGUGGGUGAAAACUGAUCAGGCCUUGUUGAUGCUCUUCAGCAACGGAACGCUCCAGGUGAACUUUUACAACGAUCACACCAAGGUGAUCCUCAGCAAGCCAGACCAUUCCUGUCUCCUGACCUACGUCACCAAGGACCGCAGCUCCUACACAUACAAGAUGAGCAGCAUCAGGGAGCUGGGUUGCUCUCCAGAGCUCCAGUUCCGGCUCAAGUACGUCCUCAAGCUCCUCCAGGAGAGGGCAGACACCUAGGCUGGGGCCUUGGGAGAAGCCUCCUUGGAUUCGAAAGCCUUCCCCUGUCAUGUCAAUGGAAUGAGUGACAGCUCUGGCUGCCCACCAGAACUUUCUUACCCAGCUAAAUAUGACUGGGCUGAAGGAACUUAGAUAAGCGCAUCUGGAUAUUUUGACUUGGUAGCAGCUGGCCUUCAUCUCUGAUGCCUGCCGGCUGUUUAUACUGAAAUCCUUGCCCUGGCGUUUGUCAGCUGACUGCUUCAAUCCAUGAAGGAGACGGGGAGGUGUGUGUGGGGUGAAGUUAGAUGUCAAGUUUACUCCUGUGUAAUCUUUACACAGCUUAAGUCGUGCACGUGGUUGGGUAGGGGAAUCUCCGGGGGACAGCUGUUCCUUUUCCUCCCAUGCAAGCUGAGGAGAGAAGGAACAAACCUGAUUUUUAAGGGAGAGAAAAAUCUUUGUCUAGUGUCUAAAUGUUAAGAGCCCAAUGCCUGUCCAGGUUGGUGUGCUGUCCUGGCCUCAGAGCUGGGGCAAGGAGGAGCUGAGAACCAUGCUCCAUCUGGGCUUGGUUAGAACCUCCCUGCUCCCACCCUGCCUGGUCCACAUGGGGAAGGCUCCUAGUGAAACCUGCCCAGCCUGUGGGUGGCCGGAGUGAAGGGGAAGCUGCUUUUAGCUCCUCGGGCAGCGCUGCUGACUUUACGCUGAGCUGCUACCCCUAGGGACUCUCUUCUGCAGAGGGGGUGCCCUCCAUGUCACUCUCUGGCCCUGGGGGUGGGAUCUUAGCUAACACGAGCAUCUUGCCUAGAGGCCUGAGAGCUGGAUCGGGGCCAGGGCCACCCAGCAGGGGUGGGAGAGUCUGCUGUGCUAUGGGGCAGACCAGCCUGGGCACAGACACCAGAAAAUACUUGAUUGAACUUGAAAAUCUCUCUGAGCUUAACGCUCAAGGUACAGCGGGAGCCCAAUUGCUAUGUCAGGAGGGGGUGAGAAUAAGGAUACCCUCUCUGAGGGAGGAGGUACGGUGUUGCCAACUUACCAAUGCCAAGAGCUCUAAGGCAGAGCCUUUGUGUCAGCCCAGGCUGGCCCCUAUUCCGGCCAUGGGUGGGCAAUGGGAAAACUGCAGAAUUGUUACACUAAGGAGGGGCCAGGGUCCCUCUCAUGCUGAGGCUUGGUGCAGGCACAUCCCCUGCUUGUCUUGCAGCUUGCGCCAGGGAAUGUGAAUUGCCACAGUACAGACUCAGAAUGCUUUAAAAAGGAGCCCUUGGCCAGCUGGGACCUAAACAGGGUUGAUAUUUUUUUUCUCGUUUCCAAACACAGGUUUUUUGGCUUGAUGAAAUUAUUUAUGUAUUUGUAUUUAUAUUGAAUUAUUUAUUUCACCCUUCCAUGGUCUCCUGUCUGUGCAGGGCCCUGUUUGCUCCGUGCCUUAAUCCCUAAUAAAAAUGUUCCUUUUAUAAA